GGCGAACGACGGGCAGUACACUACUAGUAGUAGUAGUUGUAUGGAUACGGCGGGAGGAGCUUCGGAGCAAAAAAUAAAAUCGACGACGACGUCGACGACGACGGCAGUAAAUAAUAAAUAAAGACGCCGAGAAUGAAUCGCUCUCAGUGUUAACGCGUCGUUAUCUCUUACCUGUGUGUCGCGUGGUAUCGUGUGCGCCGCGUGUGCGAGUGUCAAUUUUCACGUUUAUGUGUGUUGAGUGCGCCAACGACGACGACGACGACGACGACGACGACGAUGCAGCGGCGGAGUUUUUCCAGAAAAAAGUCCGAAGUCGGAGAUUCCUCCGACUCGACUCACGAAGCAGAAGUCAGCAGCAACAACAACAACAACAACAACAAUAACAACAACGAAAGUAACAACAACAACAACAAUACGGAUCAGUGGCAGAGAUCCGGCCAAAAGGAGUCGCAACAGCAGCAACAGCAGCAGCAGCAGCAGCGAGUUGUCGAGCAGCCGAUCCCGUUCCCCAUGGGCUUCGACAGCAGUAUGUCGCCCGGCUCGCUGUCGCCGCCGAUCUCUCCUCAGGCGAAGCUGCUUGCCACUUCGGCUCUGGGCUGGAGCAAUCCGCCGACUCACGAGGAGCGCGUCUCCGCCUUCGAGCUAGUGCUGCGGCAGCAGCAACAGCAGCAACAGCAGCAGCAGCAGCUACAGCUACAGCUACAGCCGGUGGUCACCGAAGCGUCGACAAUCGCCCCGUACAUCACCAGCCAGUCGACGACCUACGACGACAUGGUGAACUUUUGGGCGCGUCACGCCAUGAACGCCGGCUUCUUUCUGAACACGCAGCACCAGGCGGUGGCCGCGGCCGCCGCAGCCGCGACCGCCGCAGCGGCGAUGUACAAUCAGCAGCGACUGCAACAGCAGCACCAGCAGGUGGUGGCCUACGGCGCACCCUCGAGUCCGCCCGAGUCGUCGUGCAAUUCGCCCCCACUGGUGGGUGGCGUCCCGGUGAUGGCCCAGGCGAUCCAGGCCCAGCUGGCUCGAGCAGCCUACGAGACGAGCCCCGAUAAGCACCUUCCGCACCACCACCCUCACCACCAUCGCCACGGGAGCAGCAGCGCUUGCAGCACCAGCAGCCGCAGUAGCACGAGCGGCUUGAGUCUGAGCGGCAGAAGCAGCAGCGGCAGCUUGGUGGAUCACAACGACAGUACCGAGGGACCGCUGAAUCUCAGCACCAAGUCGCCCGCGCGUUUGGACAACGACGAUAACAGCGAGAACAACAACAACAACAAUAACAAUAAUAGCAAUAACCAGCUGACUUCGAUGAGCGUCGUCGUCGCCAACUCGGCCGGCGGCAAAGCCGCCAAGAGCGCCGCCAGCAAAGCGACCAAGGGCAAGAUCUGGUCGCCGGGCACGCUGUGCGAGCGCGAGGCCAAGAAGUCCAAGGGCCGAAGCUCCGUCUCGACCUCCGUGAUCGUCAGUCAUCAUCAGCAGCAGCAGCAGCACUAUCAUCAUCCCCAACCGUAUCAACCGCAACACAUCCAGCUGCAUCAUCAUCAACAUCAGCAACAACAGCAACAGCCACAACAGCCACAGCAGCAGCCACAGCAGCAACAACGAAAAGCACAGCAAAAGAGCAAGAGACCGCGUCCACGUAGCUCGGGCAGCGAGGGCGAGGGCGAGCAUCAGCUGGCCCAGAGGCGCAACAGCCAGCAGCUCGUCCAGCACAGGUCGCAGCUCGUCAACAACGAGCGCGUGUUCCAGGUGAGAGCUCCACUCGAGCAACUGCAGCAACUGCAGCCACAAGCACCACAACACGUAGCCCGGCCACUCGUCCUUGCCCAAUCACACGUAUCGAACAAGAAACAAUGCUCCGAAUGCGGCAAAAUCUUCAAGCGAUCGAGCACGCUCAGCACGCAUCUGCUGAUACACUCGGACACGCGGCCCUACCCCUGCACCUUCUGCGGCAAGCGAUUCCACCAGAAGAGCGACAUGAAGAAGCACACCUACAUACAUACCGGUGAAAAGCCACACGUCUGCGUGGUGUGCCAGAAGGCCUUCUCCCAGUCCAGCAACCUCAUCACCCACAUGCGCAAGCACACGGGCUACAAGCCCUUCCAGUGCACCCUGUGCGACAAGGCGUUCCAGCGCAAGGUGGAUCUGCGCCGCCACCGCGAGAGCCAGCACCCAUCGGCGCCGCAGCUCGAUUACGAGGCGAUGCAGGCACCGCCCCAGCCGCUCGUGCCGCUCCAGCCCCAGGAGCCGCCCAGGAGAAAGAACAACGGCAACAGCAGCAGCAGCAGCAGCAGCAGCAACGGCAAGAGCAACAACAGCAACAGCCACGAGGCAGUCGACAACAACGACGGCGACGAUCGUCAAGGUCGGGUAAACAUCGACGCAAACAUGCCCAGUACCAGUAGUAGUGGCUUGGCCGAGGCGGCAGCGGUAGCAGCAGCGGCAGGACCAUCGGGAAGCCAGCAGCAACAGCAGGAGCAACAGCAACAGUCGCAGGUUCGAUACUAGGAGCGGCCCUUGGUGAGGUUGCCGGCCCAAGACAGUAGCGACAUCGACGACGACGACAACGAAUCGAACAAUCGUAACCGUAACAAUAGAAAUAAUCGCUUCAAGCGACCAAGGUAGUAGUCGUCGUCUCUCGCGAGAUCAUUGCGGGAGAAUCUCUCCGGAGACACACAUCGCGCGUGGAGCCCCCCGUUGUUGUGGGGUUGUUGGGUCGCCGCGGGAGGCGAUGAUGAUGGCGAUGACGAGCUCGAGAGCCGGAGCUGCGUCGGCUCGACGAUCGACGCCUAGAGAGCUCCGCCGCUAUACGAUUCGCUUGAAAACCGAAUCGGCAGCUCCCUCCCACCCCGCCCCCCUCGGCGGCGAUUUCUCCCGUGCCGUCGUCGCCUCUCACUCGCUGUGUGAGAAAUUGAGACGAGAAACACAACACAACGCACACACACACGCGCGCGUGCGCAUGUAUACGGUAUAUAUAGUUUAUAUAUGUCAAUUGCAACGCGUGGCCUUUAUUUGUGCCUAGAUUGAUUAAGAUUAAUUAGCUCUCCUCUCUCUCUCUUUAUCUCGUAUCCUCGUAUGCGGAUAUCAACGCGCGCGCCCGCGCGCUUAAUAAUUGUACAUAUUUAUGUAUAGAUAUAUAUUAUAUAUAUUAUUAUUAUUAUUAUUAUAUAAUGAUCAAGUUAAUUUUUAAAAUCUAUAUAAAAGUAAGAGCAGAAAAAUGAAUUGCACCGUAACGAUGUUUUUACUCGUUGCUUUUUUUUUGCAAUUUCACAAACAAAAUGACACACUUUUCUCUUUUUUCGACUUGACUUAAAGUAAAAACAAAAAUAAUGAAUAAAACGAAAGAAACGCAGCCACAGAUGCGUUCGAAGUAAUAUGGUUUAAUGCUAGUCUUGGCCACGGACACAGGCGGCCCCUCCCGAUCUAAUCGGGACACGCGCGUCGUCGUCGUCGUCGCCGCGAAUUAAGACUACCUCGAUUCUUGCACCAUCGAGUGCGUGUUUAAUCAAUUGUAUAUUCUUAAUAAAAAUAAUUUAAUUAGUGAAUUGUACAUAGCUCCUAAUUUAGGUAAUUCUAUUAUAUACGUGUGAUUGCGUCGCGACGAUCAUUUUUUUUUCUUCUGAUGCAAACUUUGGAAAACGAAAAAAAAAGGUUAAUUGAAAUAAUUAAUGAUGAUUGAAAAAAAUAAAAAAAAAAAUACCGUGCGUGUGUCAUAAUAUAGUCUGUCGAACCAAAGCCGUCCACAGUGUAUAUCUCGUUGUGUGUACCCCUUUAUAUUCAUAUGUAUACGUAUGAAUAAUUUCGUGCUAGAGAAGUCUCGAGAAACGAUCGUUCUUUUUUCUCUCUAUUAUUGUUGAAUCUCUCUUUGUUGCUGCAAUUAUUAUUUUAUAACGUGGAAUAUGUAACGUAUCGCGCGCCGAUUGAAAAAAUCGUCGUACAUCGCGACCGUAUCCGUCCCCGCCCCAUAAAUAUUAGUAAUACACGCGUGUCGACGUAUUCGAUUAUAGCUCGUGCGAAAAAAAAAUUUUCGUUGUAUUAUAUGAAACGAGCGUGCGUUAUACCGUUGUUCCCAAUUAUCGAUAUUGACUUUGUUCACGAUCAUUGUAUCCGGCAGGAGAAAUUCAUAGCGGCUAGGAGAACCAAAGAUGUGUAGAAACUAAGUCGUUGAGAAUGUAGCGACACGAAAUCUUUCGUUUGUUUGUUUGUUUGUUUUUUAAUCGAAAUGAUUCGCAAUCGUAGAAAAAUUUGAUGAUCGACGAAAGAACUUCAUAUUUACGCAUUGUGCCUUUUUUUCAUCUGUGUAGAAAGACUAUUGUACUAUUGUGUAUUAUAAUGUGUGGAUAAAUAAUUUAUAAUUUAUACAGUUUAAAGAUGCGUCAUUUGAAUUUUUAUAAUAAUUCAUCGUUGUAGCGCACCGCUAAUAUUAUGAUCGACAUCAUGACCAAUUAUUAUUAUAUGAAUCAAUCCGUGCGUAUGAUAUCAUAAUAUUAAUGUUGCUAUAAUCUUUUUUUUAUAAUUAUUACAUUGUAGGCCGCACGACAGCCGCGCAAUUCGAUUGUAAAAUUGAAUUGAAUUAUUAUGAAAACUUACAUUGUAAGCAUAUUUACCAAAAAUUAUAUUUUACCAUGCAACGAACGAAAAAAAAAAGUCACGGAAGAAAAUGAUGAUUGUGAUGAUGAUGACG